AUGGCCUUUAUCUCUGUGUCUCCCCUCACCCUAAUUUUGGGUGUGACAGCCGUGGCUCUGGCCUGUCUCUUCCUGGUUCUGCGAUUAAGAGGAUCCAAGAACUCUAAAAAGGAAAAGGCCCUCAAGACCCUGCCCGGCCCGACGGGGCUGCCUUUCUUGGGUGCAUCGCAUAUCGUCGGUCGCUACAAAAAACCCUGGGAUGCUUUCUCUGCUUUACGCAAACAAUUCGGAGAUAUCUAUGGUGUGACCCUUGGAUCAAGACGGUGCGUAGUGGUCAGCAACAUGACCCUCAUCAAAGAAGUUUUGGUAUCCAAGAGCCAAGAUUUUGCUAAUCGGCCCGACUUCUUACGAUUCCAUGCCAUUUUUCGGGGAGACAGAAACUUAUCUAUUGCGUUGUGUGACUGGUCUGACAAGCAGAAAACUAGACGAGAAAUUGCCUUUCCUUUCAUGCACCCAAGGAUGUCAACACUCAGUGGCGAUCGUAUGAACACAAUCAUAAUGUCCGAACUCCAAGAGAUGGUGAGAAGUUUGUCGUCGAACCUAAACGUGACCCUGGAGACACGACCCUUCUUGCUUUUCACCACUGCCAACAUUUUCUAUCAGUACAUCUGCAACAAACGCUUCCCUGCUGAAGACGGAAACUUCCAGAAUGUGGUCAGAAUUUACGACUUGGUGUUCCGUGAGCUGUUCCAAGGAUUCGCCAUUGACUUCAUGCCUUGGUUAAAGAUGUUCAACCAGCAAAGACUCCAAGAGCUGAAAGACCUUGCUGAAAAUGUCUCAAAUGUGACGGGACCCUUGUUCGUUGAACACGAGAAGGACAUCGACUACGAAAAGCCACGAGAUCUCAUCGACAUAUUCCUCUGCCAUUUGAAGGAACAUGAAGGAAAAGGCGAAUCUGCGCUAACUAGAGAAGAUGCCGAAGUCAUCAUUGAAGAUUUGAUUGGUGGACAUUCCGUUUUGGGCAACUUGUGGCUGUGGGGUCUGUACCUGCUGGCAGCAAACCCAGAAGUUCGAGAGAACAUCAGAGAUGAAGUCUUUAGAGUGACCAACGACUGCAGAGCCCCAAGUAUGGAAGAUAGGAAGAGCAUGCCUUACACUGAAGCAGCAACUUUGGAACUUCUACGCGUCAUUGCUUCUCCAAUAAUCCCUCAUGUAGCAACAACAGACACAAGUAUACAAGAAUUUAAAGUCAGAAAAGAUUCCAUGGUCAUGUUCAACACAUAUGAUAUCAAUAUGGAUCCACAACUAUGGGACGAACCCAGAAAAUUCAAGCCAGAAAGGUUCAUCUCGAGCACCGGCAGCAUUUCGAAACCCGAUUUCUUCAUUCCCUUCGGGACUGGUAAGAGGACUUGCCUGGGGGAUGGUCUCGUCAAGUCCACCCUAUUCCUGGGACUCUCCACCUUGCUGCAGCACUUUGACAUCACGCUGCCUAAGGAUUACCCGGAACCAGACAUGUACGAGAUUCCCGGCCUGGUGGUCCCGAAGCGAGAGAUUUACCUGGUCUUCAGCAGUCUGCGGGGAGAAGGAUCAACGGCAAUUGACAUGUCUUGA